AUGACGUGUAAAGAAAAGCCUUCGAAAAGUAUCCUAAAAUCGGAACAAGAGAAAGCUCCUACACUUGGAACGUAUAAUAUUUACACAAAACGUGCCAGUUUCAAAGAUGACGUCAUUUUACAACAAUUUAUACAAGAUAAAUGUGAACCGACUACACCUACUGUCAUUGAAGCGACAUUACCGAUUGCUCCAGAUGUGACCGAAGAAGAAUUAACACCUGAAGAAAUAUCAAGACGCAAAGAGUUCAAACAAAAACGUCGUCUAGUUGACUUGGAAGGUGCCGAUGGAUUAAAUUUAAAGGCUGUUUUAGCCCAUCGUGUCUGUUUACCAGGUAUGGAAGGUGAAGAUGAAGCAGAAGUCGAAGUAAACGAUGAUGAUGAUGAUGGCAAAGCUACUACUGAUCAACUAUUCCAACAGACAAAUGAAAAUAUUCUCAAUGAAUCUGUCUGUAUAAAAAAUAAUGAUGACUCAUUAUCAUUCUCAUCGGAAUUAUCAAAACAUCAAACGACUAGAAAGUCUGAUCAAUCGGAUAGUUAUUCUGAACCAAAAAACAUAUCCUAUCCAAUCCCUAAUCUAGUGAACACAUUAUCAACGACUACAGUAGACGAACAAGUACCAUCCAAAAGAAUAAAUGAGAGUAAAUAA